AUGGAGAUGAGUAAGAUUGCCCUAGCAAUUUUCACUCUAAUAAGCCUAGCCAUUGUGCAUCACUCCCAUGCCCAAAACUCCCCACAAGACUUCCUUAAUGCUCACAAUGCCGCUCGUGCAUCGGUGGGUGUAGGACCUAUGAGAUGGGACAAUAACGUGGCUGCUUUUGCACGAAGCUAUGCUAAUAAACUAAAGGGCGAUUGUAGAAUGGUGCACUCCGGAAGCUCUUAUGGCGAGAACCUUGCGUGGGGCAGCGCUGACUUAGCCGGCACGGCUGCUGUAAAGAUGUGGGUAGAUGAGAGGCCAAACUACGACUACAAUUCUAAUUCCUGUGUUGGUGGGCAGUGCUUGCAUUAUACUCAGGUUAUUUGGAGCAAUCCGGUUCGUCUAGGAUGCGCUAAGGUGAGGUGCAAUAAUGGUGGCACAAUCAUCAGUUGCAACUAUGACCCCCCAGGCAACUAUAACGAUCAACGUCCUUUUGAAUUUGUAUCUAGCUCUUAG